CAGUACACCACAUGCUGUUUUCCCAGAGCUGGGGUCUAUAUCUAGAAGGCACAGGUUAAAUUUGAAUGCUACUUUUGGACCUUCAAUCAUGAUGAUCCUGUUUAUGGUCUUCACUGUGUUUUUUGCCAACGCGGCCUACGGCUGUGGUCGGCCCGCCUUCCCCCCGGUGGUCAAUAGGGUGGUGGCAGGACAGGAAGCGCUGCCCCACAGCUGGCCCUGGCAGGUGUCUCUCCAGUCGGACAGAAGUGGGCGCUGGAGUCACGUCUGUGGAGGCUCUCUGAUCUCCGCUGACUGGGUGCUCACCGCAGCUCACUGCGUCAAUGUCCGUUACAGCUACAGAGUCCUGCUAGGGAAGCACAGUCUGAGUGUGGCGGAUGAGGAGGGCUCCCUCACGGUGGGGGCAGCCAAGAUCAUCUCCCACGACGACUACAACACCAUGCUGAGUCGUAAUGACAUCGCCCUGAUCAAGCUGUCCUCCCCCGUCUCCUUCUCCGACACCGUCAUGGCCGCCUGCCUGCCCGACCCCGGCGUGGACCUGCCGCAUGGCACUCCCUGCUACGUCAGCGGCUGGGGACGACUCUCCACCAGCGGCCCCCCGGCCGACGUCCUCCAGCAGGCCCUGCUCCCCGUGGUGGGCCAUGCCACCUGCUCCCAGGCGGACUGGUGGAGCGUCCUGGCCACCACCAAGAUGGUCUGCGCUGGGGGAGAUGGCAUCAAGGCGGGCUGCAACGGAGACUCUGGGGGUCCCCUGAACUGCCAGAACCCCGAUGGAUCCUGGGACGUCCAUGGAGCGGUGAGCUUCGGCUCUGGUACAGGCUGCAAUGUCCUCCAAAAGCCAACCGUCUUCACCAAAGUCAGCUCCUACAUUAGCUGGAUAAACGCACAGGUGGUGAGCAGCCACUGAAUAAGCUAAUCGACCAGGUCGACCGCAAGACUGCAGCGCAAAGGAGCCAGCCGCCUUGAGUUCUUCAUUCCCACGAGAAAACUUAAUUACUUUACCAAUAAAUGAAUGGGAGGACUAAUGUUAUUUUGGAGGGAAGGAAAUA